GUUUUUAUCUUUAUGCCACCCACUCGUACAACCAAACAGCCCUCUACGAUCAUAGUCAAUGGAAUAGAACUUCAGCCAACCAAAUUAUUUGAUACGUUUUGGAGAUGGUGCGCAGAGAGGAAAGCAAUGGACGACAGACGACGCGCUGGUCUCCCUCAUCCAUGGACUAGUGACCGCCACUUAACUCAAGGCUACUUUUGCAUGCCUUAUCGCGUCUUGGACCGUGGCUGCCAAUUCCUCAUUACCCAAAUCAUCCAAAAAGGCUCCCAAGACCCACGCGAAGUACUCUUUCGAAUCCUUUUAUACGACAUUUUCACCAAAAUCUCUACCUACGAACUCAUCCAAUCCUCCUUGGGCGACGACGAGGACCAGCAACCUACCUGGAAAUCCUACAACCGUCGUGCCUACGAAUCCAUCUUCCGCUCUGCUUUCCAACGAGGUAUCUCCCUAUACACCGGUGCUUUCAUCAAACCCACCGGCCAAUGUGGCAAAUCAUCCAAAGAAAAUUUUUGCCACCAUCUCGAAAGUCUCGAAGCGUUCAUGAAAGACGACGUGCUUCUGAACUGUAUCCAAACUGCGGAAUAUAUGGAAGACAUAUUCGACUUUCUCAAAUCCUUUCGUGGAAUGGGAGACUUCACCGCUUAUCAACUCCUCGUGAACCUCUCCUAUUCUUCCCUCCUAUCCAGGUUCUCCAACAUGGACUUUGUUGUAGCGGGAAUUGGUUGUGUCUCCGGCCUCCACAAGCUUUUCGCCAAAGGGUCUCUUAACCGCGCCAAAUACCUCGAUCCUAUGAUAUAUGUAGGCAUCAUCCGGUGGAUGGCAGACACCCAGGACGAACAUUUCAAACGGCUAGGCCUGGAUUCGACGUUUAUGCAGUUAGGCUCCGACAGUCCAAGAUCAGCCGGAAUUCCGCUCCAACUGGCGGAUAUUGAACAUUCCAUAUGUGAGGUGGACAAAUACGCGCGUCUACUCCAUCCGGAGAUGCGUGCGAAACGGAUGAAUUUGAGGAGAACGUAUAAAUAUGUCGAAGGGAGAACGUUGCCACCUGUGGCCAUUCCCAAAGCUUGGGGGGACCCUAGGAGGAAGUUGGUUCGAAUUAGACCUGAUGGGAUGGGUAACGCGAAUCGAGCUGAGGCAGAGGAGGAAAAUGCCGAAGACGACUCUGAUUUCGAAACAUCAUCUCUGGUUUCAUCCUUCCCCUCACCUGCAUCUCUUGACACAGUCGUCGCUUCUUCUGCCUCUCGUAGUCAAAGCUCUUCACGUGACACGCUCACCGAAGUCAGUGAUGUCGAGGGUGACGGCGACGUGGAGAUGAAGAACCCAGAUGAGAGGACUUCCGUGACGGAAGUCCUCUCCAUCCCUGUCCUGAGAAGCAGCCGAAUCGCUCUUAAAAAACUCUCGGCGGUUUCAGAGAUCGAAGAGGUCCUAGAACACCAACCAAGCUCAGCUAACCCGGGUUCUAGUUCUGUCAUCAAAUACCUCGUCCGCCAUAAAUCCAGUCGCAACCCAACCUGGAUACCAGAAGCCACUCUCCUUUCCACCACCAGCGGUGAGGAAGCAUUUAGGGCGUACACCGAAGAACAAUAUGUUAUUGAGCGGAUUGGUGAUAUGCGAAUCCGUAAGAACGGUCGUCAAAGGGAGUUCCUUGUUUUUUGGGAAGGAUAUGGGGAUGAAGAUGCCACUUGGGAGCCCGAGAGUAGGCUUAUGGAGGAUGCGCCUUUGGCUGUUAAGGAGUUUUUAAGCAAUGGGCGAACCGUGGGCCUCAGGGGUUAAGUUGAAUGAGAAUGAGUGGGAAAAGUUUUCGAGCUUGCUUUGCACGUUUUUCGCUAUCGUGUUCAUUGUUUUUUGUAUACAUUUGGAUGUUUGUUUACUUUUGAAAAUCUUGGAUCCAUGGAUAUUUUCUGUUCAACCCGCGCCUGCAACUUGUACCAUAGAUUGAUUUUUUUUUUCGGAACAUACCAGGAAUUCAUGGAUAAUGCAGGAUACCCACUUUUUGCA